AGAACACUAUAACUAUGCAUCUUCCAAUAUAAGUGCCAGCCUGUCACUGAGUGUGAUGAAUCCUUCAUUACCAACUUCAUGCCAUGGUCUUCAAUCAUCCAACCCAGUCAUUUCCAUUAUUCCAUCAGCAAGCCAUUCAUCGGGAUAUGGAGGCAAUCUUGAGACUGAAACCUCGGGAUACUACUUAUCUCCAAAUGUAAGACCUAAUGGAGCACCAUUAGAGAGCCCUAGAAUUGAAAUCACUUCAUGUUUAGGGAUGCAUAGUAGCAAUAACCAGUUCUUUCAUGAAGGAGAUGUGGAAGAAUCGAUCCCUAAUGUUAAGCGAGCACAUUCAACUGCAACGCUGACCUUGCCAAAUGUUGACAACUAUCGAGAUCCAUCUUGCUUGAGUCCAGCAAGCAGUUUGUCUUCCAGAAGCUGCAAUUCUGAAGCUUCCUCUUUUGAAUCAAAUUACUCUUAUCCAUAUACUUCCCCUCAGACCUCUCCAUGGCAGUCACCGUGUGUCUCUCCCAAAACCACUGACCCAGAAGAAGGCUAUCAGAGAAGCAUGGUCACCUGUAAUUUGCUGAACUCUCCCAGGCAUUCCCCAUCCACUUCUCCCAGGACGAGUAUUUCAGAAGAAAAUUGGCUUGCAGCUCCAAACUCACGCCCAACAUCUCCAUGCAACAAAAGAAAAUACAGCAUUAAUGGCAGACAGACUUCUUACUCACCUCAUCACUCUCCAACUCCAUCUCCUCACAAUUCUCCCAGAGUUAGUGUCACUGAUGAGACCUGGUUGGGAAACACUCACCAGUAUACAAGUUCUGCAAUUGUGGCAGCAAUUAAUGCUCUCACCACUGACCCAAUAGACAUGAAUGAUGACAUUCCAUCUAAAGCCAGAAAAACAGACUACAGUAUACCUCUAAAAACAGAGCCCAUUUGUGAUGAACAUGGCACAAUGUCACCAUCUGCUGACUUGUCACCAGAAGACUAUUCCGGAUUCCAUCACAUCAGGAAAGGCAAUUACUGUGAUCAGUAUCUGUCAGUUCCACAGCAUUCUUAUCAAUGGGCCAAACCAAAGAACAUAUCCCCUACAUCCUAUUUGAGCCCCUCUCUGCCGGCCCUUGAUUGGCAUCUGCCAUCCCAGUCAGGACCUUAUGAACUGCGAAUUGAAGUGCAGCCCAAAUCUCAUCACAGAGCUCAUUAUGAGACGGAAGGAAGCCGAGGGGCGGUGAAAGCAUCUACGGGAGGCCAUCCCAUUGUGCAGCUACACGGGUAUUUAGAGAGCGAGCCACUCACCCUCCAGCUGUUCAUCGGCACGGCAGACGAUCGCCUGCUGCGACCUCAUGCAUUCUAUCAAGUCCAUCGGAUCACUGGCAAGACCGUUUCGACGACAAGCCAUGAGACCAUCAUCUCCAACACCAAAGUUUUGGAAAUCCCACUGCUGCCUGAGAACAAUAUGAAAGCUAUUAUUGACUGUGCAGGUAUACUGAAGCUGCGCAAUUCUGACAUUGAGUUGCGAAAAGGGGAAACUGACAUUGGAAGAAAGAACACUAGGGUGCGUCUGGUGUUCCGUGUUCACAUUCCACAACCCAACGGGAGAACGCUGACACUGCAAGUGGCAUCCAAUCCAAUUGAGUGCUCCCAGCGGUCUGCUCAGGAAUUGCCUUUGGUAGAAAAACAAAGUAUUGACAGCUUUCCAGUGAUUGGAGGGAAGAAAAUGGUUGUGAGUGGCCACAACUUCCAUCAAGAUUCCAAAGUCAUUUUUGUUGAAAAAGCUCCAGGUAGGUCGUUUUUAGUUUGUUAUCUGGCAAUAUAUUGUCCUAUAAUUUAG